AUCUAUCAGCUGUUUUUCCCGGGCGGGCGGGCGGCCGGCCGGCGCAGUGAAAGCCGUUUCGAAGUCUAUCCUCAGUUCUCCCCGGUCGCUCAGCUGUGCGUCACAUGUCGGGAACCGCGAGUCCGACUUCUGUCUGUCCACCAUCGUACCGUGUACCGCUUGCUCGUUCAGGUUGCAGCAAGGUGCCGGAUUUCGACUCGCCGGCGAGCGUCAGUCGUAUAUUAUGCUAUCUACCGCGUGCACGCGAACGUAUCACGAUAAAUCCAUCACGAAGUGCCUCGAACAUGCGGACGGCGUGACAAACGCAGGCAACGGUGCACGCCGUUUUGUUGUUGAUACAUUGAGUUCUGUGUUCAGGCCUCGAAGGCCGCCGCGUCCCUCCACGGUCUAGGAGAAUCGAUCGGAUCGCCGUGUGCCCGCGAGAGUUGUUGAUUCGCGAUUCGCAACGCGAAACUGCCGAUUUUCGAGCGUGCUGUUAAACGAGAUUAUUAUCGGUGGAACACGAUGACCUAAACCCGACGACGGUUCGUUCUCGGCGUGUGUACGUGUGCCGGAGAGAGAAAGGGGGGGAGAGAGAGAGAGAGAGAGAGUGCGAGAGAGAGAGAGCGAGAGAAAGAAAGAAAGAGAGCGAUAGAGCGAGCGAGAUCCCAUUUUCGGUGGGAACCGGUGAAAAAUUAAAGGCGACGGUUCUUGUGGUGUCGGUGUCCAGUUCGCCGGGAGUGUGUUUCCGCUGAUGUUCAACCGAUCCACGUACAAUAUCGACCGACGCGUCGCUCGUAUCGUCUCUCGCGAGCAUCGAACUAUUGGAUCGGCCGUCGUACGUUGUCGCGCGUCCGGCGAAUACGAUUCGUCGUUACGAUUCUUUCCGUAACGAAGCGCGAUCGGCGCCCGUCCGUUCGGAAUCCCAGAGACAGUGCGGCGAGAAAGCUGAAGAUAACGAGAGACCGGUGCAAAUGCGAUUCACGAGAGACUAUUCGCGGCGCGAUACUAUCGAGAACGAGGUAUAGAGCACCGCGCGGUGUACCCGUGGCGAUCGCGCAGUGCGAGAUCUCGAACGAUUAUUUAUCGAUACGACGACCGUGGUUGAUCACCGAGAGAUUCGUUUACCAGCAGCAGCCGCGAAUAAUGUCGACGGGCAAGAGGCUGGCGAAACGUAGCAUAAUCGGCACCAGAGUGUGUGCUCCCGGCGAGGACGGGAAGUACUACACCGGCGUCAUCCACGCCGUAAAAACGCCGGCGUCAGCCGCCUCUGAGUCAGGCCUCAGCAUUACGCCGAAGACACGCUACUCGGUGCGGUUCGAUUCCGUUCCCGGCGGCCGACCGCCGAGCCCGAGCACCGAGUACUCCGAUCGCGAUCUGAUCGGGCCCGGCUUCGGCUCUGUGACCACCGCGCGGCUCGUGCCCGGACAGAAAGUUUAUCUGACGUACAACGGCCGGGAGAUUCACGCGGAGGUCACGCAGCACCGCGAGCACCAGGACGAGGUGGACGUGAAGAUCGCGCCGAACGGGCAAGAGACGAUAAGCUUGACCAAACGUAUAGACGAGGUCAGGUUGCUCGAGUCACGUAAGAGUGCCCGGCUGGCCGAUCAGGAUACAGAUUUCGCUAGGCUCGCCGACAUGGCUGGCGAUCGCAAACGAGCCUCCUCCCACUCCAUCGACGUUCCACACGUGAUUGGAUCGAGGAAACGGCGACCCAGCUCGAGCAACGACUCGGAGCGAUUAUACAGCGGCUGGAACGAGCGAAUAACCCACGGAUGCGGCCGCGAGGGUUGCCGCACCAACGAGCGCGGCGACUGCAUGGACGAGUGCACCGCCGCGCUGGUCCUCAUGUCGCUGUCAUGCUCGCCACACAGUCCUCACAAUCCCCUGCCACUUCACUGCCAGCACAAUUACGGUUCCUGGGGAGGUCGAGGAGGAGGAGGUGGCGGCAUGGUGGUCGGCUCUCCAGGUGUCGGCGGCACCUCGAACAGCAGUAGCAGCAGCAGCGGGGCUUCAUGGCGGAGCGGCACCCCGAGCCCACCCCUGAGCGACGAGGGAGCACCAACCACCGGUUCCCUGUGGCAGACGCCGGCCCAUCCUUCGCACAAUCAGCAGCACUAUCCGUACAACGUGUCCGGAUCGUCGUCGAGCAGCACCCCGGGCUCCACCACCCUCGACGAGGGCAUAGUGCCCGAUUUCGAGGAGCAGCACCCGCGCAAGAAGAAGAUCCGGGCGAAAGUGAACCGCGGCCCGAUCGAGAAUGGACCUGCGACUUGCUCCACCUACGAGAGCGAACAGGCGAACGCAGCGGUGGUGUUCAAAUGCACUUGGCCCGGCUGUCUGGAGAUCAAAGCGACCGUUCCGCUUAUCGAGGAACACGUGCGCCAAUUACACUUGGGGCCGAAGAAGUCGAAGGGCCCCGAUAACGAGGAGGAUGAUUAUAUGUCCGACCACGAGGAGGAGUUCUACUAUCAGGAAGUCGCCGUGGAUCACAUGAGCUCGCCGCCGACGUUGUCGCACCGGGACAUGGCCAGGCCCCCUCACGAGGACCCCGAGUACCAGAAACAGCUUCGUUUAGAGGCCGCCACCGCGACCAACAGCAACACCGAGAACGUCAUGGUGGGAAUGAAGGAACGGAACACCGCGUUCACCAUUUCGCAAUCACCGGGCACCCCGAACAAGCACAUAAAGCUGUCCCCGCGGCCGUUCCAGACGUACCCGCAGAGCAUAGGCCUGCUGACGGUUUCGACGGGAAAGAUGCCGUCGUCGCCCCGUCGCGUCCGCGGUGAGACAAAGAAGUGCCGCAAGGUGUACGGGAUGGAGCACCGGGAGCUGUGGUGCACGCAAUGCAAGUGGAAGAAGGCCUGCAGUCGUUUCGGUGACUAGGCCAAGCGACCGCCCCGUUCGUACGUUCGCGGGCGGAGAUUGUCGCCGAGCCGACCCCAGAGUUUGCCAAUGCUACGUUAAACCGUUACAGAAACAAAAAGAAAAGAAUAUAAACAAAAAGCGCAGAUUGAUAAACCGAGACAACAACCGAGACAACCAAAUAACAAAGGAAAAAUGAAAGAACUUCAAUCACCAACUGCCAAUUGCCAAUUUUGUCAAUCGUCGACGACGUCGUCGUCGUCGUCGUCAUCAUCGUCGUCGCCGCCGUCGCCGUCUUCGUCGUCGCCGUCGCCAUCGUCGUCGUCGUCGUCGUCGUCGUCGUCGUCGUCGUCGUCGUCAUCGUCGUCGUCGUCGUCGUCGUCAUCGUCAUCGUGGAAGAGCACCGUCGCGGCGGCGACGAGCGUCACAAAGGAACGAAAACCGAAAGCGCGACCGAGACGAACAUCUACGGUCGCUGCCACCGAACAGACACCCUAUUUAUCGUCCACCAUCUUCCAUAACGGUCUCUCUCUCUUUUACUCUCUCUCUCUUUCUCCCGGUCUGUUCAUCCCCAUGAUAAAUAAGAAAAAAGACCGUGGACGGACACGCAAACGAAACCGCCACUUCCCGCGCACCCCUUCUUCUCGUUUAGAGAGCAUACCCCCCGGAGACCUGAAGAGGGUUGAAGAUGGCCGACAAAGGGGCGCACGAGUUUCGCGGAGCGCGAACGUCAAUCCCAUGACGGAUGGCGGACGGUUUAGAAAGGGGCCCGUGUUAAUCGCACCUUGAUUAACAAACACGUGGAAGAAUAACGGGGGGGAUGGCGCGGUCGUUGAACGAUACCCAUCCCCCGUAAACCGCAGUUAUUGGUCGCUCGUCUCUGGCACUUGGCAAACUCAGCUAGGGUCCUCUUUGUUCUCUUCUUUGAAAUCGAGAGAGACGAAGACGAAGAAGAUAAAAGGGAUUCCCUUCGAAUUAGUAGAUAGCGAAUAAUUGGCGUGGCGCGGAACGAGGCGUCUCUUCUUAGACUGUCGCGCUUUCUCUAUCUGUCUGUCUGCCUCUCUCUCUUUCUCUCUAUCUUUAUCUCUAUCUUUGAACACGACCCCGAUACAACGAGGGCGCGAAAACACACACAUGUACACACACACACAUGUACACAGCCUCGUUCCCCCAGCCGGGUUCCCGCCGGAAGCGGAGAAGAAAAUCGUUGCUGUAUUUUCGUUCUCGCGGCUUUUGGCUCGGUACGCCACAGGGACCCGCGUGUUUCCCGCUUUUGACCCUAUGCACUCGGGACUUUUCCAUUUCCGAGGACAUCUGUGCAACGCCGAGCUUGACCUAGGUGCGCUUCUCGGGGCAAAGCGACGAUUGUCCUUUAUCAACUUAUGAAACUGAAAUUGACGAACAACGAGAUUCGGUAUUUUCUCUCUGUAAUCUCCAGUGCGCCUAGCAAACCGGCACGCCUCCGAGUGGCCCAUUCGAUUGCACAGGGUCGAAGGUGGACGGGUAAACGCGCGGGUCCUUCGCAGUGCUGGUUCCCGAACCGACUCUUAGGUCAUUGCAAUAGGUCUUCCUUCGUCCAAGCCCCCUAAAACUCGUUGCGAGACACCCUGGGGAGCCGGGUCACCGGUGACCCGGCUCCCAGACGGUGUCAGGGCGGACGGAAUCGUGUCCCGGACGAACGGAAGAAGCCGUUGGCCGACGUUCUUCCCGGAACCGACGCAGGCGGUCAAGUUGAACGGAAUACAAUCUAGGAAAUAUAUUUUGCGUCGAAAAGCAGA